UUGGCAAAGAUCUGUGAUGAUUUUGCCAAGAUUUGUGACAAAUGUGUAAAGAUUUGUGAGAAUUGUGCAAACAUUUCUGUGGAUUGUGCAAAGAUCUGUGAGGAUUGUGCAAAGAUUUGUGAGGAUUGUGCAAAGAUUUGUGAGGAUUGCGCAAAGAACUGUGAGGAUUGUGCAAAGAUCUGUGAGGAUUGUGCAAAGAUCUGUGAAAAUUGUGCCAAGAUUUGUAAGGAUACGACAAAGUACUAUGGGGAUUGUGGAAACAUCUGUGAGGAUUAAGCAAAGAUCUGUUAGGAUUAUGCAAAGAUUUGUGAGGAUUGUUCAGAGAUUUGUGAGGAUUGUGCAAAGAUCUUUAGCACUGUGCAAAGAUUUGUUAGGAUUGUGCACAAAUUUGUAAGGAUUAGGCAAAGAUCUGUGAGGAUUGUGCAAAGAUUUGUGAGGAUUGUGCAAAGAUUUAAGUGGAUAGUGCAAAGAUCUGCGAGGAUUGUGCAAAGAUUUGUGAGAAUACAACAAAG